UGGCACACCGCUCAUCUCAAGACUCGGAUGAAGAGACCAUAAUUCGUGUUUCAAAAUACAGCAGGAAAACAAACCAAUCGAAGCGCUGCUGGUAUGCAAAAAGUAUUCUUUGGAAGUGAAUCAUGGAAAAUUCUGAACAGUAUACGGUGUGUCUUGAUGAAGAUAAAAUAAAAUUAACAGCACAAGAAGACGAUGUAUCAACGACAGUCCUCUUCUCUGCCUCUGGUGAGAUGGAGGAGAAGAUGAUAAAUGAAAGAUGUUCCAUCUAUGAAAAGAUGGAGCGCUCUUUCUUCGGUGAGAAACUCGUAUAUGUUCUCUCAGUGACAAGUGUUCUCGUAUUAACCUGUUCGCUGACUGCUUUCCAGUGGAAUAUCCCCUACAUCUAUCUGAUCCUCCUCACAGUCACAAUGCCUAUGAGAGUCUAUAGAUAUUGGCAAAUGAAACAGCAGUUCUUUCUCCUGGAUUGGUGCUAUGUGUCCAAUUUUCUUCUCCUGAUAUAUAUCAUAGGUUUUCCAGAGAACGGUACCUUCUUCACCGUCGUCUUCGGGUUGUCCAACGGUCCUGUAGCCUGGGCCAUCCUGACCUUCCGUAACUGCUUGGUACUGCACAGUGUGGAACGCAUGACCAACCUCAUCAUCCAUAUCUUACCCAUGCUUGUCACAUACUCUAUCAAAUGGUAUCCGGUCCAAACGGGGAGUUUAUGGGUUAGGAGUUUCUCUCAGACGCCGAUGAUACUGACCACUGAGGAACUACGAUCCGAAGAGAGUCUUGUAUGGUUAAUGGUGCUACCCCUUGGAGUUUACAUGACCCAUUCGAUUUUGUACGUGGUUCUGAUCACGGGAGUUGUAAAGCCUGCAGAAGAAUACAGCAACAUAUACAGAUACAUGUCUGAGCCUCCGGGAUCGUUGGCAAAAGUAACCAGUUGUGCAGGUGAAAGAUUUCGACCGGUAGUCUUUCUCAGUUUGAACGGUACCUACGCCGCCUUAACGUUAGUUGGGACGUGGUUAUGGUUUCAGUUCCAUGUCGCUCAUAUACUCUUUGUCUGUCUGAUGGUGAUGAUAGCUACAUACAAUGGAGCCACGUUCUACCUGCAUCCUUUCAUGCAGAAAGGCUUAGCUGCUGACCCUUACAGAGUUUGCGGGCGAGAAUACUUCUAGGUAUCCAAGCUUUCUUUGACCUUGGAGCAUGGAACUUUUGUCAGUGAUUUUGCACAGAAUAAUUUGCCCUCUUAGCCAAUCCAGACGCACAGAUUUGCAGUAGCUCUCAUCAAGGCAUCGUUGGUGAAAAUUACCGACCAUUUGUUUUAUGAAAUGCUCACCAAAACUUGAAGUACACUCGAUGACAAGUGUUCCUGCACUGGGAAAGUGCCCCAAGUUUCGCUGCAAACCCUCGGCAAAUCGUGGGUUAAACAGAUUUUCCGACUAAUCCGUUUAAGUUGACAAUUACGGUCGGGCUCCUGGACAAGUAUCAGAAGCAAACAAUUUUUAAUGCUAUGAUUUCUUUAUUCACAGCCAUGUAGUCAUGAAACUUAUGACCAACUUUCUCAAAGUUCAAAUAAAAAGCUUCAAAUUCUACGAUUUGUGACAUAUGUUAGCGCACUUGGCGAUAUAAUGUGAUGUUGUGACGGCGCGGGGGUUGUUUCAAGCUGAAAGGAGAAUGAUAAGUUUGGCGCAAAUAUUCAUUGCUGAAUGAUGCAAGUCUCGUCUCCGAUUUCUUUACAAGGUACUUUAUCGGGAGUCAGAACAGAUACUUUUAAACGUUAUAUUAUGGAGCUAUUAGGCCCUACUAGAUUUGUUUUCCAACACGUGAUAUUUUUUACUCUUGCAGUGUAAGAUUAUGCAUAUUCACAGGGCGCUUUAUAAUUCUCACUUCUUACUCAAUCGAUGUAUGAGAGUGCACCUUUUCUGAAUGGAUUAUAUUGUAUUACAUUGAUUACAGGAUGUACUUGUUCUUCCUCUCAAUAUUUGGGUGAAAGCCAAAAGAAAUGGUUAGCGCCCUUCGUAAUCAACUAGUAAUUUGUUAUGAAUACACUAUCAUUACACUUGAUUAAACAAAGUCUCUAUUUUUAGAG